AUGGCUAAAUCGACCGGUUUCAAGGGGCUUGCAGAAGAAGAAACCGACCAAUCCGACACAGAGUUCAAACCGCUGUACGAUGAUAUCGACGAAUUGGACCAAAGGACAGCUCAAGAAACAAAAGGAUGGAAUCUGUUUCGGGAGAUCCCAGCCAAGAAAGACAGUGGGUCUAUGGCAUCGACCAAAUAUAUCGACUUUAGCGUGAAAGCACUUAAAGCGCUGUCUUAUUUUAUUAUAUUCGGUAUUGUACUAGGCGCUGCUGUUGUCUCCAAAGGAUCUUUGCUUUUCGCUAGUUCCCAAGUUAAAAAAGGACGUCUAAUAAGCCAUUGCAAUAAAGCUUUAGCAUUAGACAAGCAAUUUGUAACAAUACACACUUUGGAAGAGCGUAUAACAUGGCUUUGGGCGUUGCUUUUGAUGUUCAGUGCUCCAGAGCUAGGACUAUUUCUAAGGAGUGCAAGGAUGUGUUUCUUCAGGACCGUGAGAAAACCUACGAUAGGUAUUUUUUGUGUGGCAUUCAUCAUAGAAACGCUGCAAGCAAUAGGAACGGCUUUGUUACUAUUAUUCAUAUUACCAGAACUGGACGUAGUGAAAGGUGCUAUGUUGAUGAACGCAAUGUGCAUAGUACCGGGCAUACUUAACGCGAUAGCACGAGACCGAAAUGAGUCUCAAUAUAUACUGAAGUUGAUAUUAGAUGUCUUAGGGAUUUCUGCGCAAGCGACCGCAUUCGUUGUGUGGCCACUGUUGGAUGGCACGCCGGCUCUGUGGUGCAUACCUUUUGCUUGUAUACUUAUAUCGCUUGGUUGGUGGGAAAAUUUUGUGGGACAUAUCAAAAGGCAUACAUCAGCGUCACUGACAUACCUUUGUGAACUCCGAGAUGGAAUCAAGACUUGCCGAUACUAUACACAAAUAUUUCUAACGGUUUGGAAAAUCAUGGUAUUCAUGGCUUGCAUCUUAGUUGUCUUAACACUUCAAAACGAUGACCCGUUUGCAUUCUUCACUAAAGCUAGCGAAGCAUUCGCAGAGCGUUCAUAUAAAGUAAACCAAGUGCAAGUAGUACUUGAAAGUCUUUACGAUGGUGUCAUAGAUUUCGAAAAUGCAGGUACUCCGUUCGAGCUUCCUGCGCACUGGACUACUGCCCUUUGGGUCACUUUGAUCCAAGCAGUUGCGUCAUACUUUUGUCUGUGGGGAUCGAAAUUCGCUUGUAGAAUAUUAAUUCAAAAAUUCAGCUUCACUUUUCCCUUGAGUCUUGUAGGACCAGUCUGCGUGAAUCUUUUGAUUUUGGUCUGUGGAAUGAGGAAUGCUGAUCCUUGCGCUUUUCGCUAUAUUAUACCGGACUACGUGUUCUUUGAUAUUCCACCAGUCUACUUCUUAAAAGAUUACAUAGGCCGUGAAAUGGCGUGGAUAUGGUUGUUGUGGCUGGUGUCCCAGUCCUGGAUAACUAUGCAUAAUUGGUUCCCGAGAUGUGAGAGGUUGGCUGCCACGGACAAAUUGUUCAUAAAGCCCUGGUACAAUGGUGCUUUAGUCGACCAGUCACUAUUAAUGUACAGAACCAAGGAAGAAGAUGAAAUACUCUUUGAUGAAUUAAGAGACUAUGACAAUGAUGACAAUUUAUCAAACUCAAAAAUUGACCACAUUAUAACCGACGUAAGGCCUUCAGACUCCAUUAGUAGAAUCUAUAUUUGUGCAACGAUGUGGCACGAAACGAAAGAGGAAAUGAUAGAGUUCUUGAAGUCGAUCUUUAGACUGGACGAAGACCAGAGCGCUCGAAGGGUUGCUCAAAAAUACCUGGGAAUUAUAGAUCCAGAUUACUACGAGCUUGAAGCGCAUAUAUUCAUGGACGACUCCUUUGAAAUAUCAGACCACAGUGCAGAGGACUCACAAGUGAACCGUUUCGUGAAAUGUCUCGUCGAUACUAUAGAUGAAGCGGCGUCAGAGGUUCAUCUAACAAAUGUUAGGCUUCGACCUCCCAAAAAAUAUCCCACUCCGUAUGGAGGUAGAUUGGUAUGGUCUUUACCCGGCAAGAACAAAAUGAUAUGUCAUUUGAAGGAUAAAUCUAAAAUAAGACAUAGGAAAAGAUGGUCUCAGGUCAUGUACAUGUACUACUUCCUCGGACAUCGUUUGAUGGACCUUCCCUUAUCCGUCGACCGUAAAGAAGUAAUGGCAGAGAAUACAUAUUUACUCGCUCUAGAUGGUGAUAUUGAUUUUAAACCAAGCGCUGUAACGAUGCUUGUUGAUCUCAUGAAGAAAGACAAAAACUUGGGUGCCGCGUGUGGUAGAGUUCAUCCUGUCGGCUCAGGUUUCAUGGCGUGGUACCAAGUGUUCGAGUACGCGAUCGGGCACUGGCUGCAGAAGGCGACGGAGCACGUGAUCGGCUGCGUGCUGUGCAGCCCCGGCUGCUUCUCGCUCUUCAGGGGCAAGGCGCUGAUGGAUGACAACGUCAUGAAGAAGUACACCAUGACCGCCAGCGAGGCGAGGCACUAUGUGCAGUAUGAUCAAGGCGAAGAUCGAUGGCUGUGUACAUUGCUCCUACAGCGAGGCUACCGCGUGGAGUACUCGGCUGCGUCCGACUCCUACACGCACUGUCCGGAGAGCUUCAAUGAGUUCUUUAACCAACGCAGGCGAUGGGUUCCUUCCACCAUGGCUAAUAUAUUCGAUUUGUUAGCCGAUUCCAAGAGAACCGUUAGCAUCAAUGAUAAUAUAUCUACUUUAUAUAUUAUUUAUCAGAUGAUGUUAAUGAUUGGUACAAUACUGGGUCCCGGGACGAUCUUCCUCAUGAUGAUUGGCGCCAUUAACGCCAUUACGGGAAUCAGCAACAUUCAUGCGCUUUUCUUAAAUCUCGUCCCGAUUUUCAUCUUCUUCGUAGUUUGUAUGACUUGCAAAUCCGAUACACAGUUGAAACUAGCGCAUAUAAUAACUUGUGUGUACACGAUGACGAUGUUGAUGGUAAUAGUGGGUAUAGCGAUACAGAUCAUUCAAGAUGGCUGGGUAGCACCUUCUAGUAUAUUCUUUGCUGCCACUUUUGGUAUAUUUUUUAUUGCCGCUGCUCUACAUCCGCAUGAAAUGCGAUGCUUAAUGUACAUAAUUAUAUAUUAUAUAACUAUACCCAGUAUGUACAUGUUGCUGAUUAUAUAUUCGCUGUGCAAUCUAAACAAUAUUACGUGGGGCACUCGGGAAGUGGCUCAGAAGAAGACUUUGAAGGAAAUAGAAUCGGACAAGAAGGCAGCUGAAGAAGCGAAGAAACAAAUGAAUAAUAAGAGUGUUUUGAGUUGGUUUGGAAAAUCCGAGGAAACUUCAGGAUCACUCGAGUUCAGUAUCGCCGGUCUGUUCAAGUGCUUCUGCUGCACGAACCCAAAGGAUCAUAAAGAAGAUCUACAUUUACUACAGAUAUCUAAUUCGUUAGAGAAAAUCGAGAAACGUUUGGAUAGUGUAACCGCACCACAAGAAGUUAUUGCGAGACGAAGAUCUUCAAUGGCUCUAAGAACUGAUACACUGUCAAUGUUACCAGAAUAUGAGGAUAGUGAAGAGUCUGCAGAUAUACCGAGGGAAGAAAGAGAUGACUUAAUAAACCCAUACUGGAUUGAGGACCCUAAUCUGCAGAAAGGAGAGGUUGACUUCUUGACUACAGCUGAAACUGAAUUCUGGAAAGAUCUUAUUGAUGCCUAUCUGAGGCCCAUUGAUGAGAACAAGGAAGAAAAGGAACGUAUUACAAACGAUUUGAAAAAUCUCCGCGACAACAUGGUGUUCGCGUUCUUCAUGCUGAAUGCUCUGUUCGUCACCGGCAUAUUCCUGCUGCAGCUCAACCAGGACCAGUUGCAUAUGAAAUGGCCGUUCGGACAGAAGAUCGAACUCGAAUACGACCGAGAAACUAAUAUCAUAUUUAUAGAGCGAGACUUCCUAACACUAGAGCCUAUCGGUUCCAUGUUGAUUGUAUUCUUCGGUCUCGUCCUCGGAAUACAGUUCUUUGGAAUGAUUUGCCAUAGAUUUGCAACUAUCACUCAUUUACUUUCCACUGUCGAAGUCAAUUGGUAUUUUAAGAGCAAACCCGAUGAAAUGACAGAAAAUGCGUAUUUCGAAAGACGAGCAGUAGAAAUAGCAAGAGAUCUACAGAAGCUAAAUGUUGACGAUUUGGAGAAACGUGGCGUGGACGAGGCCAGCGUUUCCCGCCGCAAGACCCUCCACAACUUGGAGCGGGCGCGGGACAACAAGCAGAACAAUGCCAAUCUAGAUGCAAACUUUAAAAGAAGACUUACUAUUCUACAGAAUGGUGAUCCUUCAAUGGUGUCCCGGCUGCCGUCGCUGGGCGGCAACACGGAGGAGCGGCGCGUCACGCUGCGCGCGCUCUUCACGAGGCGGGACUCCGUGCUCGCGGACAGGAGGCGCUCGCAGCUGCAGGCGCGGGACUCCAAUGGGUACAUCUACGAUGAUCCGGCUACGCUCAACAACAUGGCGGGUUCAUCUCUAGCGUACGUGAAUCGCGGCUACGAGCCAGCUUACGACAGUGAUGAGGACAUGUCGCCGCGGCCGCGCCACAGCGCUGUGCGAUUUAGAGACUCGUUUAAGCUGUACAGC